AGCAGUCAGCAGGCACAUCUCUGUUAAUUUAUAGCAAAAAAACAAAUAUUCAGAAAAACAACAUUCAAUUGUUUGUUUUGAUCAAAUUGCAACGUAAUCCAGAGUUUACUCCACAGCGGUUUCGGAAUUACAUAGAAAUCCCUAGAGCGAAGUCCCUCGAGAAUGUCCUGGCAAAGUGUUCCCCAGUAUCCCCAAUACCAAGAUCCCAACCAGCAGUACAACUAUGGCGGCGGUUAUCCCCCGCAGGGAGGAUAUGGUGGAUAUCCACCUCAGGGCGGCUAUCCACCUCAAGGACCGCCACAAGGCUACCCACCCUAUGCUCAAGGAGGUGCUCAACCCUAUCCACAGCCCUACGGACAGGGCCCUCCACCGGGAGGUUAUGCUCCCCAGCCGGGAUUCAUCCAACCACCACCAUCCGCUGGCGGCUACGGAGCCUACGAUGAUCCGGAGAGCCAGCCCAAGAACUUCUCGUUUGACGACCAAAGCAUCCGUCGCGGAUUCAUACGUAAGGUGUACCUGAUUCUGAUGGGACAACUAAUCGUCACUUUUGGAGCUGUUGCCCUGUUUGUAUACCACGAGGGCACAAAAACCUUUGCCAGGAAUAACAUGUGGCUCUUUUGGGUUGCCCUCGGCGUGAUGUUAGUAACCAUGCUGUCUAUGGCUUGCUGCGAAAGUGUGCGCCGCCAAACUCCGACGAACUUCAUAUUCUUGGGUCUGUUUACAGCAGCUCAGUCGUUCUUAAUGGGAGUUUCCGCAACCAAAUAUGCGCCGAAAGAGGUUCUCAUGGCGGUGGGCAUAACAGCAGCGGUUUGUUUGGCCCUAACGAUCUUCGCCUUGCAGACCAAGUACGACUUUACUAUGAUGGGCGGCAUUUUGAUCGCCUGCAUGGUGGUGUUCCUGAUCUUCGGCAUCGUGGCCAUCUUUGUAAAGGGAAAGAUCAUAACACUGGUGUACGCCUCGAUUGGAGCGCUGCUCUUCUCCGUUUACCUUAUCUACGACACACAGUUAAUGAUGGGCGGCGAGCACAAAUACUCCAUCAGUCCCGAGGAGUACAUCUUUGCGGCACUAAAUCUCUACCUGGACAUCAUCAAUAUCUUCAUGUACAUUCUGACUAUAAUCGGCGCAUCGCGCGACUAAGUUCCGCUCUAUUUCCAAAUAUUGUUUACAGUUUAAUCGGGUUAUUCAGUAGCCUGGAAUACACGAAUAUUGUUGUCGCGUAAUCUCAUCGGUGUGCUCCCCCAGUGGAGGCAAUCUUCAACUAACGAAUUACUCAAAUACUUACAAAUCUAUCUACUUCGUGUUGUGUUUGCCAAUUUCCCGUUUCCUUCUAGUUCUAAAUAUCAGCUAAGGGUAUAUGAACUAACUUUUUGUUAUGUAUGUUUUAUUCUUGCUUAAGUUGAGGCGCAAACCAAGUGGAUAUUUCCAAAUUUAAAAAAAAAAUUAUAAAUAUGUAUGUAUACCAAAUGAUAUGCCAUUCAGAUACACGAAACAACAAUAAAUAGUCACGUAUAAACAUAUUUAUGAGAGAAUAUACAUAUAAGCAAGUUGGCUUGCCGUUGUUAAAACAUAAAA